AACAAUCUAGAGAUGGAGUUCUUCUCUGACUACGGCGACGCCAACAGAUUCAAAAUCCAAGAAGUAAUCAGAAAAGGCAGCUACGGAGUUGUUUGCUCAGCCAUUGACACCCUAACAGGUGAGAAAGUGGCCAUCAAGAAAAUACACGAUAUCUUCGAGCAUAUCUCUGAUGCUGCGAGGAUUCUCCGCGAGAUAAAACUCCUCAGGCUCCUAAGACAUCCAGAUAUAGUCGAGAUCAAGCACAUCAUGCUCCCUCCUUCGAGAAGAGAGUUCAAAGAUAUCUACGUUGUCUUCGAGCUCAUGGAGUCUGACCUUCAUCAAGUUAUUAAAGCUAACGAUGAUUUGACUGGAGAGCAUUACCAGUUUUUCCUUUAUCAGUUAUUGCGUGCACUCAAGUACAUUCACACAGCUAAUGUCUACCACCGAGAUCUAAAGCCAAAGAACAUAUUGGCAAACGCAAACUGUAAACUCAAGAUUUGUGAUUUUGGAUUGGCAAGGGUUGCAUUCAAUGAUACUCCCACAACAAUCAUCUGGACAGACUAUGUUGCUACAAGAUGGUAUAGAGCUCCAGAGCUUUGUGGAUCUUUCUACUCUAAGUAUACACCAGCGAUUGACAUGUGGAGUAUAUGCUGCAUUUUUGCGGAAGUGUUGAUGGGAAAGCCACUUUUCCCUGGAAAGAAUGUGGUUCACCAACUGGAUCUUAUGACUGAUCUGCUAGGGACACCUUCUCUAGACACCAUCUCCCGGGUAAGGAAUGAGAAGGCAAGGAGGUACUUAACAAGCAUGAAGAAAAAGCCACCCAUUCCGUUUACUCAGAAAUUUCCAAACGCAGAUCCUUUGUCUUUGAAGCUCCUUGAGAGGCUUCUUGCUUUUGAUCCCAAAGACCGGCCAACUGUUGCAGAGGCACUUGCUGAUCCAUAUUUCAAGGGAUUGGCAAAAGUGGAGAGGGAGCCUUCAUGUCAACCCAUCACCAAGAUGGAGUUUGAAUUCGAGAGAAGAAAAGUCACAAAAGAAGAUAUCAGAGAGCUAAUAUCUAGGGAGAUACUUGAGUACCAUCCUCAGCUGUUAAAAGAUCACAUGAACGGCGCUGAUAAAACCAACUUUCUCUAUCCAAGUGCUGUUGAUCAAUUUAGGAGACAGUUUGCACAUCUUGAAGAAAACAGCGGGAAAACCGGCCCUGUGGCACCUCUAGAACGGAAACACGCCUCUCUUCCCAGAUCAACGGUUAUACACUCAACCGCAGUUGCAAGAAACACAUUGAACCCUGAAACUACUCCAAACAUUCCUCUUAAUCACCAUACAACAUCACAAGCACCUCAAAGAAACCUCUCGGGUACUCUUCAAGCAGCUGCCAAACCAAGCACAUUCAUGGGCCCCGUGGCACCUUUUGACAAUGGCAGAGAAGCAUAUGACCCGAGAUCAUUCAUCCGCAGCACUGCUCUCCCUUUUCAGCAACAGUCUAUCACCAUGGGAAAGCAACAAGAGAGGAGAACAACAACAACCAUGGAGUCUGAGAAGCAAGCAAGACAGAUAUCUCAGUACAACAGAUACGUCGCACCAGACGUGGCCAUCAACAUAGAUAACAACCCUUUUAUCUUGGCUCGGACCGGAUUGCACAAGGCUGAAAACAUGAGUGACAGGAUCAUAAUCGAUACAAAUCUUUUACAGGCGACCGCUGGAAUAGGAGUUGCAGCUGCGGCUGCAGCAGCUGCUCCUGGUGGUUCUGCUCACCGGAAAGUUGGAGCUGUUCGUUACGGCAUGUCAAACAUAUACUAAAGCGGGCUUUGAUCACAAUAUAAAUAAAUGGAUGUUAUAUAAUCUGGCAUAUAGAAACGACAGGCAAGGUUCUGAUUUUCUGACGUUUUAAUAGAACCGACGGCUACAGAAGAUGCAUCAGAGUGUACUAUGGAUUGCGCAUGAUGAUGAUGAUGGCGAUGAUG